CUCAAACCUCACUUCCAGUUCCACACUGCACUUCACCGGCACUAAAAAAAACCUCAGACAUGGAUGACCCACUCACAAAAUGGCUCCACUUUCACACUAGCAUCAACAAGACGUCGGGAACGUGUGGUGUUUUCGACAGCUGAUUUAUAGAGAGACAUUUCAUAGGAUAUAACUCCAACGUGAUGAAAUUAUGGAAAAAAUGAAGCUGGAUCUUUGUCCUGGAAGUCCCGGUGCCAAAUCAUGCAUCCCGCUAAAGCAGGAUUCCAUCAGGGAGAAUGGGUGCCAAGACCUGGAGGACUCGAAGGAGGGGAACUUCACUGGGGAAAGGGUUAAGACAGAUGACGCGCCUCUGCGGAACACGCGCAACGGGACCAUCAUCCUAAACGGCGUUGCCAAGGAAACCGCUUACGACGCCCUUGACCUGAAAAGGGAAGUACCAGUGAUCGAGCUCUUGAGGAGAGACGAUAUAAAGACGGGACAGCAGAGAACCGACAGUCAAACGGUACCGAUCACGGAGCUUCGCAGACCACCCGUGCCGUUGCCGCUGCCGCACCGAGGCGCGCUGAUCGACGCUCGAAUGGUUCAGCUGAGCCCAAACGCGUUCCCUCUCCCGGCGCGAGCAAUGCUCUACAACUUGGCGCAACCUCUCGCUGCCAUCAACAGUCUUGGAGGGGAGUCGGAACAGUACGGCAUGUACCCCAGCAACAGGGUAAAGCGCCGUCCUGCGCCUUACGAGGUUGAGCUCGACGAGGCUGGCCAACCAAAGAUCGUAAGGCGGAUCUUCACCAACAGCCGGGAGCGCUGGCGGCAGCAGAAUGUCAACGGGGCGUUCUCCGAGCUCCGCAAGCUCAUCCCCACUCACCCACCGGACAAGAAGCUGAGCAAGAACGAGAUCCUGCGUCUGGCCAUGAAGUACAUCAGCUUCCUGUCCAACCUGCUGGACGACCAGGACGGAGGGGCCACCGUGGGUGUGGGUGACGGGACAGGGCUGCUGGUGGGGGGCCGUGAGGGUGGACCCCAGGGCCCUCGUCAGGACGGGGUGGGACUGGCCAGGGAGGACGACCUCCUCCUCCAGGGCACGUUGUCGCCCGGGUCCAGCUGUGGGAGUCUGCCAGACGGGGACGGCAGCCCCGAGAGCUUCACAGAGGACCAAGAUUCACCUCCAGCCCCGAGAACUGUGCCCGUGCCGCGCGGUAGGGACCUACGACGCAAUGCACGCCCACAAGAUGGCGGCAGCCAGCGAUGACGGCGAUGAUAAUAGUGGUGGGGAUGGUGGCGAUGUGGUGUCGGUGAUGACGAUGGAUACGGAGUUGGUGGAGUUGAUGGUGGACCGCAGGGAAACAAAGGGAUUGACUUAUGUCCCCAGAAGAGGGAUGACUCAAAUAUGGAUGAGUCUGAGAAGGGCCCUAGCAUCUCUGAGCUCUAUCUAAAGAACGGUGCUUCGGGUUCGGGGAGCAUGCUGAUGCCAGAAUUUCACUUCAUCAGGAUUCUAAUGUCCUUUUUUUGGUCCUUUUUUGGUCAGUUGGUUAACAAAAUGAAAGACUUGUAAAUUCUGCAUGCUUCAUGCUGUCUAGGACCUGGGUUGAGGAACACCUCAUAUUUCCUGCAUUAUGAAUGUUCAAAUACAGUGUGCUUCUGUUACACUAUCAUGUUAUCAGUAUACAUCAUAUGUCAUCGUCAUAAAAGUCAUUGAUGCCAUGGUACCAGCAGGCGACGCAUCAGUCCACACCAGGAAAUGUCAAUAGGAAUGCCAUCAUGCUCUCUCUCACCUUGGGUUAAGAAUAAGAUCAAUCUUUACCAGUUGUCAAUGAGGGCCAUUUGAACUGUUCUGAAAGUUUACGACAACACGACAAUAACAUAACUGUUUCGCUGAUAGCAAUGGCUUGAUGCCAAAUCCUCACACAAAAAAAUGCACAUUUAAUCACACAUUGAAGGCCAUUAUUAUUUGCUUUAAAAUGUGUUAUCUUUAGCAAGGAUUUAGCACUCUCAACACAUGAUCAAACAUGUACAUAUAACAUUAGCCUAACUUCUAAAAUAUUUUGACAGUGGUUCAUGUCAAGUGAUGUGAUUAGGCAGUUUGAUAUAGUGGCCUAUAUUUUAGACAGGGCUUUCAGGCAGGUGGCUUUUUGAGAAGGAUUCUGCUCUGUGCUCCUGAUGACAUACUAUUCGUUCAACAGUGGGUGAACAACAUGUCAACUAGUAAAUGAAUGUCAAACACAUAUAAUGAUAUAACAAAUGUGGUACCUUAUUUAUUUAUUUCCGCCACACAUGACUGAUUAGCGUUGAGUAAAACGACGCAGAGUAACAUGGCAACUGACCGUUAAGCGCACACACACACACACACACGCACGCACGCACACGCACGCACGCACGCACGCACGCACACACACACGCACACACACACACACACACACACACACACACACACACACACACACACACACGCACACACACACACACACACACACACACAUGCACACACACAGACACACAGACACACACACACACACACAUAUGGAGUACAAUCUGUGUGAACAGUUUUGAUUUCUGAGACAUAUUGCCUAAGCAUGUAGAUGGACAUAUGUGCGGCGAGGUUGCUAGCAACUACAACAGCCACAGGUAUACAAAUUCAAAAUGAAUCCUGUCAAGAGGUACAAAUAGUAUUUCUGUAACUGAGAUCCAGUGAAAUCAUACGCUCACUUCCAACCAUUUUGUAUAUUAUAAAUAUCUAUUUUAAUGUUUUUCUCACUGUAUUGCAGUUGUGGUUUGGUAUGGUACACUAAGUAUAUCGCCUCCUAAAUACACCCCUCCUUCUCUCUGUUGGGAUGAUCAACAACACCAGCAGUUUUAUGUCAGUAAACAGUGAGGUGUACAUCACUGUAGUUUGGUUAUUUCAUUACGGCUUUUUCAACAUACAUUUAGUAGCCUAUCUUGGUACCUUUGGUUACUAUUUUAUGAACUACAGUAAAGCGAAGGGACAUUGUAUGUUCUGUUUAGUAAAAAAAUAACAUGUUUGUUGUAUGAUAAAUAUAUCUAUGACUAUAUGCAAUGUUAACUUGAUGACUUUUAUAUAAAAUGCUGAAUAAAAUGAACACAGGAAAAGGCAACAAAAUACUGAUUAUGUAAUGUUAUAAAUCAUGUGUAUCACACAAUUUUUUUCCAGCGUU